AUGGAUCUGGUGGCGUCUGGCGGGGCUGGUGGCGGCCAGGAGAUCGGUGGCGGCGGUGGCCUGCCGGCGAUUGCCGUGGCAGGGCAGUUAGUCGCUGUGGCUGGGCUGACGGCUGCCGCGGCAGGUCAGGGGGUGCUGGCGGCAGGAGGUGCAGCGGGAUUUGCUGCUGCGGCAGGGCAGUCGGUUCCCGCGGCAGGAGGUGCGGCCGGUUUUGCUGCUGCGGCAGGGCAGUCGUUUACCGCGGCAGGUCAGGGAGUGCUGGCAGCAGGAGGUGCGGCAGGUUUUGCUGCUGCGGGUGGCCGUGCACAAGGAGGUUUCGGUGGAGGCAAUGCUGCGCAGGGAGGUUUCGGGGGAGGAUAUCAUGAGGGCAAUGGCGGUGGUUUCUGUGGAGGCAAUGGUGGUGGCUAUGGGAAUAACUUCGGAGGUUUUAAUUCUGGUUAUGGUGGAGGCUAUGGUAAUGGUUUUAACUUCGGAAUUUUUGCUUUGGGCAGUCACGUGGCCGAUUUUCCUACCAAGGAAGUGGGGGUGGUAGACGUUGGGGUCGUGGUUUUCAGCAGGGUGCCGGAGGGCAGCAAGGUGGUGGUGAGAUGA